CUAAUAUGUAAGGAAAAUAUUUCUGAGGGCGAAAACGUAGUUUUCUCCUCGUGGCAGCUAGUCUGGCCUUCUGUUCCGAACUUCCGAUUUCCACUCGUUUGAGGCGUUCGUUUCCCUUCGCCGAUAGCAUACAGAUUACAGAGACACUCUUGAAAUAGAGAAAAUAGUUAGCUCGCUCGUUCGCUUGCGCUAAUGGCGAAGACUCUAAUGUUGCGCCCUCACGUUCUAUCUUCAGCGACCACCCACCUGCUGCUUCGCCGAGCUCUACUUUCUUCCCGGCCGUCGCCAUCGCCUUCUCACAUAUGUCCCCGAAGCACUCAGUUCCGUUCCUAUUCUGUAUCGUUUACUCACCACAGAACCUCAGAGCUUCAUCUUUGCAGCUCCCCCAGUGAAUUAUUCAUCUCCGGGGCUGGCGCUGCCUCCGCGGCUAAUCGCAGGUUCACUGCCGGAGCUACUCCGGUAAAUGAUAGUGGUUCCAUUGGCUCGCCGCUCAUGCAGUCUAUGGAGUUAAAGAUAAAGCAACAGCUGGAGGCAGAGUCAGUGACUGUCAAAGAUGCAUAUGGCGAUGGUCGACAUGUGAGUAUCGACGUCAUUUCAUCUGCAUUCGAGGGUCAGUCUGCGGUGAACAGGCAAAGGAUGGUGUACAAAGCCAUAUGGGAGGAGCUUCAAAGCACAGUGCACGCAGUUGAUCAGAUGACCACCAAGACUCCCUCUGAAGCUGCCAAGAACUGAAAAUUUUGUUUUGUUUUCAUUGUCCUGCAAGCUGCAAUUUGGGAAGUCCCAAGUCUAGGGAACUUUCCUCUUCUAUGCAUAAUAACAGGGUGGAAAUGAACCAUCAAUGAAUACAUAGUGUGUAUUACGGUUUACCAAUUGCCAUCACAUUUGCGGCCUCUUUCUUAAAGAGCUGCAGUUAUCAAUUUUUUAGUAAGCGUCUAUGCACUUCAUUUGAUGAUCAAAUCAUUGAUCGUGAGCUAUGUAUUAACUAUUGGAGUAUUGUAUUUGUAUAGGGAA